AUGCAAUCUAUGUUUUUCUGGAAGUAUAUAGAUAUGAGAUCUUCCUCUCAGUCCAAUUUCACUUUUCAUGUUUGGCUUAUCCCACACUUCCUCAUACCUUUUCAAUCGAGUGAUUUUUUGUCCAUCAAAUUUCCCCUACUUUUGAUCAUUUCUCUGUCUCGCAAUGGCGACGCCAUCUCAAGUCAAAAACGUUGUUGUCGUUGGUGCGACCGGUACCGUUGUAAAAUCCCUCCUAGAAGCGAACAAAUUCAAGAUCACUCCCGCCUCCCGCAACCCUCCCAGUACUGAAUUCUCCAGUUCUGUCAUCGUCAAAACAGGCGACUACACCUCUCCCUCCUUCCUCGGAAAUCUUCGCUGGUCAAGAUGCCGUGGUCUUCACCCUGCAUUACAGUGCAGUCCCGGGGCCUCGAAAUAAAGACGAUUGAAGCUGCGGCGAAGCUGGCGUGAAGUAGAUUUUACCCAUAAAAUUCGGUGGCGACAGCGGGAACGAAAGGUUGGAAAAAGCUGUGCCGGUGUAUGCCGCGAAGAGAGCACCGAGGGAAAAUAUCGAGGAAUCGACGGGAAAAGUAUGAGGGCUUAAAAUGGGUUGGCGUUGUGACGAAUCCGCGGUUUAACUUUGUGAGCUUUGAUUCCGUAGUCUUAGGGGUGGCUGGUAUUGCACAGGGGAUGAAAAAUUCUGGAUUUUAGGUCGACAUCAAGAAUAAUAAGACUGCCCUUUUGCCCUAUCUUGCUGUCUGAUGAAUGUCCUCACUCGUCGUCAGAAACGUCAACCUGGAACCGGGGAAUAUACCUUUCGAGUCCUACGUGGAGAACGCGACGUCGUCUGUUAGUUGAACGGCAG